AUGGGCGGACCCUUGGGGCCCCAAUCGGGCCGAUUUUCCUCUGAGGGGAAGAAGAAUGACGCCUUUGACCCUCCUGGCGAGGCAGAAGGAAGCGCACAUAGCCAGAGGCAGCGGGGAGGCAGCGCUGCGGUCCCUCACAGGGGGUUGACCUACACCGCGUAUCUGCAGCGACGCCACGCCCAAAUGUGCACCAGACUCCUCGAACUGCUCGAGCAUCAUUGCCACAUCCAGCAGGAGGGUCGAGAAGAGCAGCGCUUGCAGGGUUCCCUGGCUUCUCUGGCCCGCCGUGCGACGGUUUGUGCAGAGGCAGGUGAUUCUCGGGGUGCAACUGCAGCAGUAGUUGCCUUUUUGAGAGAAUUCGGGGGUGCAUUAGGCCUUGCUUUCGCCUCCCAUAUGCAGCAGAAGAGCGAGAGCGCAGCCCAGAGGGAUGCAACUGAGGCAGCACGGGCUACGCUGCUGCUGAUUGCCGCCCACUGGCGCUGCAGCACAACGGCGAAUUCUGCAGAAAUCAUGGUGCAGCGCCAGGCUUUGGGAUGCGUCGCAGCUGCAUUCCGCACAGCUCCUCAACUGGGAGCUCGGGGUUCGGCUGCACUGGGAGAGGCUCUUGCCGCUGCUGUUGCCGCUGCAGUCGCGAUGCACCGGGUGCUGGGGUCCGAGCCCCGUCCACGCAACGACCGAGGGAUGCAGCGUUAUCUGAAGCAGCAGCAACAGCAACAGCACGUUUUAGGCUUGGGUCUAGCUGCUGCGCAGCCGAAGCACGUGGCACUCAUAAGAUCGCUCCUCCUGUCGAUUCAUUCCCUCCUAUGCGAGCUGGCGCGAGCAAGGAGUGCCGCUGCUGCUUCUGCUGACGGUAGAGGCCUCUGCACUGCAGCAGAAGGUACAAGCCCUUUUGCAUCUACGGUGGCUCCCCUUGGUGCAGAGGGAGAGCUGAGUGUCGAGUUGCUGUUGCUGUUGUUGCCUCUGGCGCUGGCGCAGCCCGUUGCCGCUGCUGCGGUGCCGCAACCGUUUCAGCUGCGAAACGCAGCUCCUGCAGUAGGCUGGGGCCCCUCUUGUGGCCUGACGACUGACUUCGCCUCGACGCAAGAGAGCGAUGUGGAAGGCAGCAAAAGGCGCGCUUCCCCUCCUGCAGCUGCUGCUUCUAUUGCGUCUUGUGCUUCUCGCGGGCCCCCAACGGGUCUUAGCUGGAGGGGGGGCCCUACCCCUCAUGUAGGGGGGGGCUGCUUCCCAGUUAGGGCCUCCUGUUCAGAGGAGGAAGCUCCCAGUGCAGCGCCAGAUCGGGGCUCUUCCUCCCCUUCUGUGCGCCUAGAAUGCCUGCGGUGCAUAGACGGGCUGCUGCGGCUCUGUGGCAGAGAGCUGCUCCCGUACUGGGGUUUGCUGCUGCGGUGCAGGAGGCCCACUCUGCUACCGCCAUCCCCCCUGGGCUGUCGCCUGUUGCACAGAGUCGCCUCCGGAGCGGCAGGGGACCCCAGGGACCCUCAAAGGGAGGGGCCCCUGACCUCGCGACCGCCAGCAGCAGCAGAAGCAGCCGACGAAUGGUUCCGCCGGCUGCUCGGUCUGGAGAGGGCGGAGCAGCUCGAGUUGCCCUGGAGCUCCCUCGUCAUCUCCAGCGAGAGUCCCAAGGUGAGUUCAGACAAUUUCCGUGGCACCGGAGACAUGCGGAUCUGCGCCUGCGUGCUACCUGUCUACUUCACUACACCAGAGGGCUUAGGGUUUGUGGUUCAGGGGCGGGGGAGCGCAUUUGCUGUUGCUGAUAUGCGUUCUGGUUUUUUUCAGGUGUGUAGGGCAGCCGUGAGUUGUGUGUGCGCCCUCUUGGAGUCUUCGCCUCUGCGCCAGUGGCCGGCGCCUGCGUCUUGCUGCGCCCGCUGCGGCCCGGAGGCUGUGCUUAUGCGGGCGGAGGACUGGGGGCGCCUUGCGGGACUGCUGGGCUUUGCAGGCUCGGGGGGCUGCAAGGGAGGCAUAGGUAUUGCCCGCAGCCACAGCGUGAGGUGCUCUGCUUUGCCAGGGCGCCAGCAGCCGUCCGGAGGCCUCGGAGCCUUCACCUCCCUCUCACACACCGUCCGUCAGGUCUCGCGCUGCGCUCUUGCUUGUCUCCUGGGGGUUGUGCGCUGGGGACUCACAGAGGAGACACCCACAGCGGGAGUCUCUUCCGGAAAUAAAAUGGGCUUCGGAGAAGAAACAGCCGACCCAGAGACGGCCGCUUCUGCCUCCCCUGCACCGGCGGCGUCUGCUGCACCUAUUGCUCCUCUAGAUGCCCUCGCAGAUGCAGACGCAGCAACAACGAUAGCAGCAGAAGCAGCAGCAGAUGAGGGCGAGCUACGGAAGCAGAGCUCAAGUCGCCCGUCCGGCAGCAGCACUCACACCUCGCCUCCCCCUGAAAGGAGCAACACACCCAGCCAAGCUGUAGGGGCCCUCAGGGGUCUGGCAGAGACACUUCCAGCCCUGCCUGCGGGUCUCCUGGAGCCCGGCGUCUCGGCUGCUGCGCUUCGUCUUGCCCACCCUGUGGUGCUGCUGCUUGCUGAGACACUCGAUACGCAGAUGCAGCAGCUGUCGCAACAGCGGAAGCACUUGUCUUGUUGCUUUUGCUUCAGCAAGAAGGAAACUGAAGCCACCGGCCCUGAGUGCACGGCUCUGGCUACAUCUGCUGCCAUUGUUGCACGACGGACCCACGCAGCAGCAGCAGCCGCUGCUGCUGCUGCGACUGCUGGCGCUACUGCUGGUGGCCCGCCAUCCGUGCAGCCAGAUAAGGGGGUAGGAUCCGGUUUAUUCGCAACCUCGGCGCAGACGGUACAAGGCACAGAGACACCCCAGCGUGCAUGCAGUCUGGCGAAAGGCUUCGAGGCCUUCGCUGGGCAGGUGGUGGCGAGAGGCCCCUUGGCCUUGAGGCUAGUGGCUCCUACCUUGGCGAUGAUUGCUGCUGUGGUGGGUGGCAAAGAGCGGCAGCCCCAAAUAGCGGAGGCUCUGCUUGUGCCGGUGGGGAGGCAGGCGAGCGUGGCGGGGCCUUCUUGCCUGGUGUAUCUUAUUUGCAAGGCACUGCAGGCUUUGCUGUCUCUCCGUGCCAACUUUGCUGCCUUCCAACACCCCCGUGCGCUUGAAGAGCGCUCUCUUCAUGUCUCAUCAGGCCUCGAUGCAGGGGGGCCUCAGCGAAUGCAUCCAAAGGACAGCUGCGGCGGAGGCUCCUCACCAAAGGGCCUCCAGGGGGGCGCUCUGCCCGUAGAGCGCUGCUUUUGCGAUGCAGCGUCAUGCAGCGGCUGGGCAGUAAGUGUACCGGCGGAGGUAGAUAGGGGGUCGUGCAGCAGCUGCGCGAGACAGGGGCAGGCCCUCUUUGGAGGACUGUUUGCAGCGCUGCAGGCCACCAGUCGGCAGUACCCCCAAGCGUUGCUGCUGCUGGAAAGGGGCGAUGUAUGCCUUGAAGCUGCGAGCAGAGCUUCUCAUCCCCUCAGGGAAUCUGAAGGCCCAUUCUUCGGAGUGCUUCGCGCGCUGCUGGCUGCGCCCUGUUCUUCGCUCCGCUGCAAGGGAGUGCAGCUCGCGCUGGAAGUCUUGCCGCCAGCAGUUCAAGAACCGUUAAAGGACUCAACCGAAGCCCCCUCGGACUCUCAACCUCGCGGUGGUUUCACUCCGAUGGCCCCACGGGCCCCCAUUCAGUCUCCUCCCAGUGACUCCGCUCUGUACAGACCCCGCGCAGCCCUUGUUGCGCUGCUGCAGUCGCAACUCAUUACUCCGCUGCUCAAAGGGAGGCCCACAACCACUUUUGCGGCGUCGCCCGACCCGCAGCUGCAACAGCAGCAGGCGCAGCAACAGCAGAAAAAGCACCAGCAGGACCAGCAGCAGGAGCAGCCACAGCAGCAACAAGAGCAACAGCAACAACAGGAACAGGAGCAGCAUCCAGAGUUGCUGGUGAGCGCAUGCGCGUUCCUGUGCCGGGUGACACAGGAGGAGUGGCGGCGCUGCCGCUUGUUGAACUUUGAGACAUUGGGGACUCUGAGGGGCCUCAUGGCACCUGAAAGGCCCCGCAGUGUCCGGAUCGCUGCUGCGACUGCUUUGGGGGCUUUCGCAGCACAGACGCACGGACAGCCGCAUCAGCAUCACCGUGCAGCUCCUUCAUCGGGUGGAGAGGAAACAGCAGAUGAGGCAGCAAAAACUGCACAGGAUAUAGCGCCUCCCGAAGAAUGCCAACUAUCAGACAACGACACCCUGCUCAGGGAAACCUUACACCUUCUGCUGUUGCAGCUUGACACACCUCUUCACGACGUUCGCGCUGCAGUGCUCGGCGCCCUGUGCGAGGCAGCCGGUGCCGUGCAGCAGCGGCAACAGCAUCAGCAGCAGCAGCAGCCAAAGGAGCAGGACGAGGAACGCCAGCACCAGAAGGGGGAGAUGAGCCACAGCCUAUCGAUUGCAGGAGGGGAUGUGUGGGUGGGGGUUCUGAAGGGCAUCAACGACGUGCUGGAACAGCAGCAGCAUCAGCCACAAACCAACGCCUCGGCAGCAGUUGCGGUGGGGCUGAGGGCGAUCGGGGCGGUGACACCCCUUGUUCUGUUGCUGUCUAUCGUGGAGGCGGCGGGGCCCGUCGCAGUCAAGGAAGACCUACGUCAUGCUUGCAAAAGGCCUCCUGAGGAGUCCUCCCAGGGGGAUGGCGAGAGGAGGGAAGGUGCGUCAGACGUGGGGAGGCAGCGACCUUUGGAUGAGGUGCUGCGUUCUUUGGCAGUGCUGGCAGCGGUGUUGCUGUCCGCAAGGGGAGAGGUUACGGGAAGAGCGGAAGACCCGCACACGCCACCCUGCAGGGGGCAGCGGGAGGCCUGCGACAGGGAACCCGACAGCAGCUGCUGCUACAGGGAAGCUGCUAUACAGACCGGCGCUGCAGGGGCGCCGCUGCCGUCACAGCCUCUUGCUGCUGGUGGUGCGGCUACUGCGGCUGCUGGCUGGGGGCUCAAGCAGCUGAAACUGCAGUGGAACGCAUGCAACAGCAUCCGGCUUCUCUAUUCUGCGCAUGCGGCUUCCCAACUCAUUGACACAGAGUGCAGCAAGUUUUUCGUGCCGCUUUGGCGGGGGGUCUGCCUCUGUUUGAGCGCCUCCCAGCUCACCAAGGUACGCAGCCACGCGGCAGCUGCCCUGGAGGCCAUGCUGGAGUUGCUAGGGUCCCUUCCGCCUGCGCGAAUACUUUCAGAAUCUUCCCCCUCUCUUUACACCCAGCAGCUGCACUGCGCUCGCUGUGUCGCUCCCCUGCUCAAAGAGGCCUGGGAGGCUCUAGCAGCUGCAGCGGAGGAGACAGGAACAAAGGAACCUUCACACUCCGAGGAGCACUGGCGUCAAAGGCGCAGCGCACCGCCACCCAGGCGGCAGCACUGUCUGCGCUCCAAGCUGCAGGACUUGAUGAAAGGGGGUUUGCUGCAGCGCACGCAUGAGCUCUUAGCCGCUUCUGAACCUUCUCUUGCUGAUAGCCUCAAUGCACUGCAGCCGACUGGCUCUCCCCAGUCCAGCACCCCCACAGGUGAACCCGUCAACCCAAAGGCCGCGUGGAAACUCAGUUGCAGCUGCUGCUCGCAAAGGGGGAAUGAGGGCUCGCCUACAGGGUAUACCGGGUUUGAGCGCCUCAGGCAGGCAGCAGAGGCUGCAGUGCAGGGCGGGGGCUUCUUUGGAGCUCCCCAACAGCAUCAAGACGUCCCCAUGUAG